AUGUCUCUCGCAACUCUAGACACUGCAGAGCACCCCAAUCUCCCCGCCGCAUGCACAACGCUCUUCAAAGCCAAGGCAGCUCGCCAGCUGACCUUUGAGCAAAUUGGUGCCCAACUUGGUCGCAAUGAAGUAGCCACAGCUGCUAUAUUCUAUGGCCAGGCCAAGGCGUCGCCCGAAGACAUCAAAAAGCUAGCCGAUAUACUUUUCAUCCCCGAGCAGCCUUUGAAGGAACAACUCACCGGUUUCCCCGACCGCGGUCGCUCCGUCGAAAUGCCGCCCAAAGAGCCCCUGAUCUACCGACUGUAUGAGAUCGUGCAGAACUAUGGCUAUGCCUACAAGGCGGUUCUCAAUGAGAAGUUUGGGGAUGGGAUUAUGAGCGCUAUCUCGUUUUCAACCAAGGUUGAGAAGGAGACGGACGAGGAUGGUAAUAACUGGGCUGUUAUCACUCUUCGUGGCAAAUGGCUGCCCUUCUCUCGGUUCUAA